AGAGCUGGUGCCAAGGCACCAGCUGGCAUCAAAGCAACUCCGCCGCUGCCAUACACCUUUGAAUUAUAUACCUGCCUCUAUCGUUGACUUUUGGAGUUGGCAUUAAAAACUGCAUUUCGAUCAAAAAAUGAGCAAUUCUUGUGUGAACUCCAAGAGAUUAGUAUCCAUUUCAAUUCCUUUGUGACUUUCUUCUCUUACAUGAAUGAGAAGAAAAACUGAUCUGUAAAAAAAAAAAAAAAAAAUGAGCAAAUUUUGUGUAAACUCCAAGAGACUAGUAUUCCAUUUCCUUUAUGGGUUUCUUCUCUUAUGCAUGAGCACAUGUCAGGACUAUGCAGUCACAGCAACCUUGCAAGGAAAUGAAACUGAUCUACAUGCUUUACUUGAGUUAAAGAGUAGGGUAGUUCAAGAUCCAUUCAACAUCAUGAGUUUGUGGAAUGAUUCGAUCUAUUACUGCAACUGGGUAGGAAUUACCUGCAACAUCUCAAAUGGAAGGGUCAUGUAUUUGAUCCUUGCAGACAAGACACUUACUGGCACUGUUCCACCAUCUAUUGGAAAUCUCACAUUCCUCACCAGACUCAACCUUAGAAAUAAUAGCUUCCAUGGAGAGUUUCCUCAAGAAGUAGGACAUCUACUAUAUCUGCAACAUCUAAACAUUAGUUACAAUUAUUUUGGUGGUAGCAUUCCAAGUAAUCUAAGUCACUGCACAGAACUAAGUAUAUUGUCUGCUGGUCAUAACAACUUCACAGGAACAAUUCCAUCAUGGAUAGGAAACUCUUCAUCUUUGUCUCUUGUUAACCUUGCUGUGAACAACUUGCAUGGAACCAUACCAAAUGAGGUAGGCAAACUAUCAAGCUUGACACUUCUUGCACUAAAUGGAAAUUACUUGUCAGGAACAAUCCCUCCUUCAAUUUUCAAUAUUUCUACCUUAUUCUUUUUCACUGUUUCUCAAAAUCAUCUGCAUGGUACAAUACCAGCUGAUGUUGGUUUUACUCUUCCUAAUCUUGAAACAUUUGCUGGUGGAGUCAACAAUUUCACGGGAACAAUUCCUGAAUCUCUUUCAAAUGCAUCAAGACUAGAAAUUCUUGACUUUGCAGAAAAUUUUCUCACUGGCACACUUCCUAAGAACAUAGGAAGAUUGCCUCAUUUAAAAAGACUCAAUUUUGAUAUCAAUAGACUUGGAACUGGGAAAGGUGGUGAGCUGAAUUUUCUUGCUUCCCUGGUUAAUUGUACUGCUCUUGAAGUUUUGGGUCUUGCUCAAAAUAAUUUUGGAGGAGAAUUGCCUGGUUCUAUUGCUAAUCUUUCAACCCAAUUAAAUAUACUUACAUUAGGUAGCAAUGCAAUACAUGGAAGUAUCCCUAUUGGGAUAGGGAACCUUGCUAACUUAACCGUACUGGGAUUGGAAGAGAACAGCCUAAGUGGUUCUGUUCCUAAUACAAUAGGCAUGCUUCAAAAGUUAAAUGAUUUGGAAUUGAAUGGCAACAACUUUUCUGGGGUAGUCCCUUCAUCCAUGGGAAACUUGACAAGAUUAACAAAGCUACUCAUGGAGGAUAACAACUUUGAGGGAAGUAUACCAGCAAGCCUUGGAAAAUGCCAGAACUUGUUGAUGCUAAAUGUUAGCCAUAACAUGCUGAAUGGUACCAUACCAAGACAAGUCAUUGCCUUGUCUUCUCUUUCAAUUUACUUGGACUUGUCUCAUAAUCUUUUGACAGGGUCUGUGCCUGUUGAAGUGGGAAAGUUGGUGAAUCUUGCAGAGUUGAACCUCUCAGAGAACAAAUUGUCUGGCAUGAUUCCAUCCUCUCUUGGAAACUGUAUGAGUUUGGAAGGGCUUCAUUUGCAGGGUAACCUUUUUGAGGGGAACAUUCCUUCAACUAUACAGAAUUUGAGAGGUUUACAAGAUAUAGACCUGUCAAGCAAUAACUUGUCUGGGAAGAUUCCUGAAUUUCUUGGUGAGUUCGAAGUGCUCAAGAAUCUCAAUCUUUCUUACAAUGAUUUCGAGGGCAAAGUACCAAUGAAUGGAAUCUUCAAGAAUGCAACUUCAAUUUCAGUGUAUGGAAACAACAUGCUCUGCGGUGGUGUCCCAGAGUUAAACUUACUUGCAUGUGCUACCCAAAAAGCAUCUUCCUUAGGAAAAUUUCAUGACCCCAAGGUGGUUAUCCCUGUGGCUAUUGCACUUGUAUUUGUAUUCUUUCUCUCUUGUUUUCUUACAAUCUUUUUGGUCAAAAGAGCAAGAAAGAAAUCUUCAAGAGCAACUGUUACAAAGGAUUUGGAAUUGCAACUUUCUUACUCAGAAAUUGAAAAGUGCACUGGUGGGUUCUCCAAGGAUAACCUUAUUGGCUCAGGAAGUUUUGGUUCUGUAUUCAAAGGAACUCUUUCAGGUGAUGGAUCAACAGUUGCAGUUAAAGUAUUAAAUCUUCAACAAAGAGGAGCUUCAAAGAGCUUCAUUGAUGAGUGCAAAGUUCUGAGAAGUAUAAGGCAUCGCAACCUUCUCAAGAUCAUAACUGUCAUAUCAAGUGUUGAUCCUCAAGGUAAUGACUUCAAAGCUCUAAUCUUUGAGUUCAUGUCUAACGGAAGUCUAGAAGAUUGGUUGCAUCCUAUAAAUAAUGUGCAAUAUCAGAACAAGACAUUGUCAUUUAUCCAAAGGCUCAACAUAGCAAUUGAUGUUGCUUGUGCACUGGAAUAUCUCCACCACUUCUGUGAAACUCCAAUUGUUCAUUGUGAUAUAAAGCCAAGCAAUGUUCUUCUUGACAAUGAUAUGGUUGCCCAUGUUGGUGACUUCGGAUUAGCUACAUUUCUGUUUGAAGAAUCAAGCAAUUUUUCCACACAAUCAAGUAUUUCAGCUUGUUUAAAGGGUUCUAUUGGUUACGUCCCUCCAGAAUAUGGAUUGGGUGGCCAUCCUUCUGCAAUGGGAGAUAUAUACAGUUAUGGGAUACUAUUACUAGAGAUUUUCACAAGAAAAAGUCCAACAGAUGAGAUGUUUGAAGGUGGCAUGGGAAUUCAACAGUUUACAACCUUGGCUUUACCAAAUCAUGCCAUGGAUGUAAUUGAUCCUUUAUUGCUCUCUGAGCAAGAAUUUGAUGAUACAAAUCAACAAGUUUCCACAGAGGAGACUGCAAUAGAUGAAGUUUUUGCUAUAAUGGAAAAUUGCUUGGUUUCAGUGUUGCAAAUUGGAGUUUCAUGCUCAGCAACUUCACCAAGUGAACGGGUACCUAUGACUGUUGUCGUCAACAAACUGCAUGCAAUCAAGAACUCGUAUUUAAAACUCAUCAAGCAAAAAUAG